UGUAAACAGAGAGUGAAGUGCUUACAAUGCAAAACGCUCAGGAAGUUAAAGGGGCACUUUGAGCAAACUCUCAGAUGGUUGGAAAUUUCUACAAGGAUGUUGGAAACCCCCCAGAUGAAGACUGAAGCCCCGAUGGACCCCGUGGUCAUUUGCAAGGAUGGCAGACCGGGUGUGAAGGCCCUGUUGGCGAAGUUCGAUGACAAGUCUCUAGAGAGGGUGCCUGCCCAAGGUUCCCAGAAGCUCACAGUCCCCUCCCACGCUCCAAUCCUGAGAAACAUGUCUUCCGUCGCCAGUAAGGCAGCCGCCUUUGAAAGUACUUCAGUCUCCAGGUUCCCCACGGGCAGGUCCACUGGUUCUUUCAGCGAGAAGCCCAACCCGGCCGCAGACAAGCCCGUCUUCCCCAAGCCAUCUGCGGUCAAAGCACAGCAGGAGACCAGGGACCCCAAACCUCCCUUUCCAAAGCCCAGCGUUGGGGCAAAACCCUCCCUCAACACUUUCAACACAGUGAAGGAGGAGCAGGAGGAGAAGUCCCCUUUUGUGAAGUUUGGACUGAGGCCGACAGCAGACUCGGGGAGCACACUCAAGGAGAGUGAGGCCCAGCCAGCCUUUCCCAAGCCUUCGACCUUUGCCAAGCCCUCAAAUGCCGGAAGUCCAAGUGAAAACCGGACUGCUUUCUCCAAAAACCAGUUCCUGAAAGCCAACUCACUGGCUGGAGGUGCGAGCCCAGACAAGCCCGUGAAACUUCCCGUCCCCAAAUCAGUCGGACUGAAAACUUGGAAUGAUCAUUCAGGCCCUCCAAAGGAAAACACCGAUAGUGCCAAGAAGGAGGAUGGUGGGAGUGAGAGGAGUGGUGGGCCCUUCCCCCUUAAGCCGCUGAAGCCAGUGGGUGAACAGGGGAAGAGUCCCAUUCACGGGGGCGAGGAGAGCAAGAGUGAAAACUUAAAGCCUUCGGCUCUGAAGAACUUUCCUCCAAGGGCCAAGCCAGAGGAGGCCUCCUCAGCCCCCAGUGGACCCAAUAGGUUCCUGCAGCUACAGAGCCAGUUCCAGAACAAGGCGCAGAGCCAGGAAAACGAGGAGGGACAGAAGGAUACCGCCGUCCCCAAGCGGAAGAACCUGCCAGCGCUGUGGACCCUGGGGCCUCCUCCUCAGAAACCCAACCGACCCCCCAAUGUGAACCUGGAGCAGUUCAAGAAACCACAAGAGAAGCCACACCCUCCAACUCCAGGUUCCAGCCGAGAUGCCAUUAAACCGCCACCUACACCCAACCUGCCUCCUCGGUCUGUCGGCAACAAACCACCCGAAAUCAUCCCGAUGACAGAAGAGGAGGAGGAUAAUUAUGACGACGUGCAGAGCUUUGACCAAGUGCCCCCACCGCUUCCACCGAUGAAACCUGAAGAUCGCAGGAAGCCGGUGGACGCUAACAGCGGAGAGAGUACAAAAGAUGAUUCGGAUGGUGAAAUGUACGAAGAUUUGGACAGCUACAGGUCUCGAAAGGAGCUGAAAGACCAAGAGAGGAAACGAGAGAAGGAGGAAAGGAAAAGACAAGAACAGGAGCAGAAGGAGAAAAAGAGGGAGCAGGAGAUGAGAAAGAAGUUCAAGUUUUCCGGACCGAUUGAAGUGAUCCAGACGGUGAAGGUGACGAUGGACUACAAGGGUGGGAAGAACGAGCUGAGCUGCAAGCAGGGAGACUACCUCGAGGUCAUCCGCAUCACCGACAACCCUGAGGGCAAAUGGCUGGCCAGGACCAUGGACGGUACAUACGGCUACAUUAAGGUGACCUGCGUGGACAUCAACUACGAUGAAAUACGGAAGAAAACCAUCGGCAGGGUCAAGGACUCAGCUGCCCUGAAGUCCCCAGUGCAGGAUCAGGAACUCUACGAUGAUGUGGCUCCAACUAACGACGUUGGCCUAGGUACCGGGAACAGCAGUACAGGCAGCAGUGGUGGUUUCCCGCCCCCUCCGCCCGGUGAAGAAAUCUACGACGACGUGGAUGAAAUGCCUGAAGAUGCUAAUCCUACGCCACAGGAAGCAUCAAAGCUCGGGUCUUGGUCCUGGGGACUCCUGAAGAAGAAGAAGGUGGAGACAGACGGCAAAGAGAAAAAGGCGAAAGAAAAGGAGAGCAGUGAAAUACAGGGUGAAAGCGGUGAACGCCAGCUCCCGCCUGCCCCUAUCCCAUCGGAGUUUGCAGCAGGGGGUGAAGACAUCUACGAUGAUGUUGGUGCUGAAGACUUCCCACCUCCGCCUCCUGAACUCAGUUUGAAACCGGGAACUCCCAACAAAGGCAAAAAAGAUGACAAGGAUGCAAAAAGAAUGAAAAAGCUCGAGAAAGAAGAAAAGGACUUCAGGAAAAAAUUUAAAUAUGAAGGGGAUAUCAGGAUUCUGGGAACUGUCCAAGUCGCUGCAAACGUAACAAAUAAGAGAUGGGGUAACCGAGACCUCCCGGUUAAAGCAGGUGAAACGUUAGUCAUCAUUCAGCGCACUGAUGACAUUAAACUGCUCUGCCGCAAUGAGGAUGGGAAGUUUGGAUACGUUCAGAAAGUCAACUUAGUAGCGGAAAAUGCGGGAGGUGAUGGUGAGAUCUAUGAUGAUAUUGAUACAGAGUGUAUCUAUGAUAACGACUGAGGUGGACUCAAUGGAAUUGGAACGAGCUUCCAGCAUCUCCUUCCAUCUGCACUCGUGACAACCCGGUGCGUUCACUUGACGAAGAAAGGAAAUCUGAAACCUCUUCAGGGUCUCAGCUCUCGGCAGCUGUGAGCUCUUCCCAUUCCCACUACACCGCCAAGAAUCCGUGAACCAGAUCAUGACCGAGAUGCAUUGAGCCUCAUCGCCAAUAUUUGUUCAGAUUAUUUACUUAAAAGUGAAUUAUGCAUCGUCAUUGAGGAUAUGAAAUAAUUAUAUUUGAUAAUUUAGACUUUAAUUUGUUGCAUAAGCACACUUUGUUGUUUUUUUUAUCCUGAGAACAAUUUUUGGAACACGUAAUUUGACAGGAUGCAAAACUGGUUUUUCUAAUUAUCAGUGAGCGAAAUAGACAAAUAUAUACAUUGAAGUAUAUCCUAUAUUUGUAAAUAUCAUUAAUUAUCUCCGAUCUUUCGUUCUAAAUGACGUCUAUUCAUAACCAGAGCAUUGCUUCUUUUGUGAAUAGCUUCCUGGGUAUGGGCAGUAUUUGCACUGGUUGUUGUAAGAUUAAAGGAAGUGUGUCUAAUUUGAA